UCAAACAUAUAACCUCAUUAUUUCAGCCAAUAGUAACAAAAUCACGUUCCGUUAACCAGGUGACCGCCAGCGAUGAUAUUCGAAGAAGAGGCCAAGGCUCUCGAAACCCCACCAAAACGUUCAUUCUUGUCAUACCUCAAUCUGGAAUGAAGUCUUAA